UAAAGAAGCAGAAGGGUGUCAUGAACCGUCAAUAUGAAGUACUACAAGCACAAUUGGAUAAACAGCAAUUCUGGAGCUUCCAUUGAAAAACCUACAGCUGAAACCUAAUAUUUUCUGUUUGACUCCAUUGGCUGAGGCAUAUAAAACCAUGAUUUGUUAAGUCGGUAUGCUGUAAUGCUAAUAUGAGAUGAAUUCAAUGUAAAUAUCCAGUCAUUUUCUCACGGAACCUCUAGAAUACAAGAGGAAAUUAAAAGAGUUUGAAUAAAGAAACCUGCUGAAUAACAUCUCUCCAACCAUGCAGUUGCCACUAAGCCCUCAUGCUGGAACUCCUCACAGAUUCCCAGAGCUAAAAGCAAAACUGAAUACAGAAUAAGGUUCUGUAAUGGGCUUUCUUGAUUUGCUCCACUUUCACCUGAUGAAGGAGGGUUUCGAUAACAAGAUCUUCAGAGUCAAGAUCAUCCUGUGUUCAGCGCAAAAUCAUCUAUGACGCCCGAAUUAGCAAUGACCGAUAACGUAAUCUUAGCAGCAUUGUCUUUCCUCUCCUAUCAUGAUACCCAGAAUCAUUUUCCACACUAGAACCAUCACACCCACAUAUUAAAUUUCCUUCCUCAAACCCCUCCUCCCCUUUUCCCCAUGGUUCCACCCAUCUUCAUCUCCAUUGUAUUUUUACCAGUAACAUCUUCCCUCAGGGAAAUGUUUGCCCAACUCUCAGAAAAGCCUCCAAAAUCUCCAACUUGCAUUGAUUUCCUUCGCCGUAUUCUUGAUCUGAACAUCAACUUGAUUCAUUUAUGGACGAUUACCAACACCGCCGCAAUCACCGGAAACAGCCUCCAUCCGGAGGUCAAAAACACUUCCACUGGACAUUGCAGCAAAGAAGACCCACCUCCUUUUCCUUCACAACGAUAAUGAAACUGCUUGGAAGAAUUCCUUUCCUUUGUAGUUCAAGGGACCGCCGGAGCAGACGGUGCCUACGUGGACGAGGGUGGACCCAGAAAUGGGGGUCGGAAGUUGAUGAAAUCUUCGAUGAUUUCGCACCAUGAACAGUCCAUUGCAGGAGCCUGAGGUUUCGCAUAUGAAAAUUUUUCUUGGGGGCCCGUUUGUUUGGCUAGAAGAUUAGUUGGGUUGAAGAAAAAACCAUGCAGGAAAUUGGAUUUUGAAUGUGUUGGAAGCAUAGAGUAUCUGUGAAUUUAUUUCUCCAAUCACAUACAUGGUAUAAAUCUUCCCCAUUUUUAAAAAGGAAAACCCAUCAAAUACAAACAUAAAUCACCUUGAGCUGCCAUUUGAGUUGAAUCAUGGGUGGUGAAAUAAACACAAUUUCAUUGUUUGUAACGAUAUUUUGUGGGCAGUUACUUGUCGUUUUGGUGUUCCAAAUAGUAUAAUGGCCGGCCAUCAUAGUAACAUCAACAUAUCAAAACUGUUCCCAAUAUCACAUAAUCCUCUCGUCGUCUCCCUUUUAGGCUCUCUUUCUCUGUUCUUUCUUCCCUAAACCUCUCUGUAAUUUCAUCAAGAUGAACGACCUGCUCACGGAUUCAUUUGUUGGAGAUGCCAAAGUUCGGCCUCCCAAAGAAAGAGACGUUGAAAUGGGAACCCGGGUUCUGAAUACUAACUCAGAUUUGGGAUUGGAAGCUUUCAAUAAGCAGAUACAAGAGGUUGAGAAGCAGGUGGAUAAGCUCACAUUAUUACUCAAGAAACUUAAGGAUGCUAACGAGGAGUCGAAGUCUGUUACCAAAGCGUCUGCCAUGAAAGAAAUCAAGAAGCGGAUGGAGAAAGAUGUUAAUGAAGUGCAAAAGAUAGCACAAAAUGUCAAAGCAAAACUAGAAGCAAUAAACAGAGAUAACUUAGCCAAUCGAAAAAAGCCUGGCUGUGAAAAGGGAACAGGUGUUGAUCGAUCAAGGACAAACAUGACAAAUGCAUUGACAAAGAAGUUCAAGGACCUAAUGAUAGACUUUCAGGCCCUCAGACAAAAGAUGCAAGAUGAGUACCGCGAGGUUGUGGAGAGAAGGGUCAUGACAGUUACUGGAACCAGACCAGAUGAAGAGACAAUAGACAACCUGAUAGAAACUGGAAACAGCGAGCAAAUCUUCCAGAAGGCAAUUCAAGAGAUGGGUAGAGGACAGGUGCUGGCCACACUGGAAGAAAUUCAGGAAAGACAUGACACUGUGAAGGAAAUUGAGAAGAAGCUCCUUGACUUGCAUCAGAUUUACCUUGAUAUGGCUGUUCUAGUGGAAGCCCAAGGAGACCUGUUAAAUAACAUUGAAAACCAGGUGACAAAUGCAGUGGACCAUGUGCAAUGGGGAACAGAUGCUCUCAGAACAGCAAAGAGCUUGCAAAAGAAGUCAAGAAAAUGCAUGAUGUUUGCCAUCAUCCUCAUCUUGAUUAUUGCAGCCAUUAUCACUCUUUCUGUCCUGAAACCUUGGAAAUAGUCUGCAGAAGAAUUUGAAGAAUGGUGAAUUUGAUUUUCUUCUUCCUCAGUUCUUUUCUGUUAUUUAUUUACCAGAGUGUCCAUUCAAAUAACAGCCAUUAAAGAGUUGCGGUUGCUUCAUCCCCUUGUAUUUUUGCUUCCCUGCUCAGUUUUCUUAAUCAAAAUUUAUGAACAAUGCAGAAUAACAAUUUUGCAAGGCAUUCUCACCUUUGAGUCUUGGGUUA